AUGGAACCGGCGGAACAUUGUUACGCCCGGCAUGGAGCGUCGCUCGACGAACCCCCUCCUCCGGCCUCACCUCGUCGGGACAGCCGCUGCAAGGCUCCCAACAUACAAGCCACAACGCCGUCCACCAGUACACGAAGAAGAAGGAAUCCCGCCUUCCGCUUCCUCAUGCACGCUGCUGCGACCGUGGAUAUUGGUCUCGGCCGGGAGCAAAAGAUGAACAAGCUUCCCCCUUCGCCGUUGGCAGUCUUGAUAUUGUACGGACGAUGCUCAACUGCUGGGCAUCCCCCAACUCACCGCCACAGAGCUUGGUGCCACCACCAGCGACAAGGCGGUUGGACAUUUGGCUCGCGCCCAAUCGAGAAGCGCCAGAGGAAAAAUGCGCCCAAGCUGAACAGGGCUGAAAUACACGCCACAGCAAACGAGAAACUGCAUUGGCUGCAAGAGCCAAUAUCGGAACUCAGCUCGACUGGGGCUAGCCAGCACCCGAAACCUUGA